AUGCAGGGUGACGUGGCAAGCAGCCACGGGCCGCCGCGCAGUCCCAGUCAGCGCGCUAGCAAAGGGAAGAGGGGCCGUGUGGGGGGGGCAGAUGGGCUGGCCGAUGCUGCGACCUGCAGUAGUGAUGCGGGGGAGGGGAGGGAUGGAGGCGAGGCCAUGCGUGGCGAUGGGGAUGCUAUCUCGGCUGCUGACAUUGCUGCUCUCGAUUCCAUUCUUGGCGACAGCAGCAGCAGCGGCAGCAGUGGUAGCAGCAGCGGGGACUUGUGUAGAGCAGACGAGGAGGAGUGGGGCAGUGGGAACGACCCUGCUGCUUCUUUGCUUUCCAGUGACGACGACCAAGACGAUGCAAGCAGCAGCAGCAGCUCCGAUUCGCUCAGACUAGCAGGUGACAAGUCCAGGCGAGACAGCAAGAGAAGCACGAGAAGCAGCAGCAGAAGUAGUAUUGACAUAACAGACGAUCGCGACGGCAGCAGUGGUGUGGAUGCGGAGGCGAGGAGGCGCGGCGUGCACGCGCGGUUCCUGGCGGGGCAGGUGGACCGCAAGCUGGUGAAGCAGACGGUCAUGACGUCCGUGUACGGGGUGACGUUUGUAGGCGCGCGCACACAGAUCAUGAACCGCAUCAAGGAGCGGUCUCUCACGGAUGAUGACCACCAGCUCUACUCCGCGUCGGCGUAUGCCGCCAAGGUGACCCUAGCAGCCAUGGACCAGAUGUUUGACUCGGCCCGGCAGAUCAUGGCAUGGCUCGGCAAAUGCGCUCAGCUGAUAGCAGCGGAGAACGAGAGUGUGAGUUGGAGCACGCCGCUGGGGCUGCCGGUGGUGCAGCCGUACCGCAAGGAGGGCCGCAAGGUCGUCAGAACCGCGCUGCAGUCCUUCACACUCAUCGACGACCGCAUGCGCCGCGACGUGGUGGGGCAGCGGCAGAAGUCAGCGUUCCCGCCCAACUUCGUGCACUCACUGGACUCCACGCACAUGAUGAUGACUGCCAUGGCCUGCUACAACCGCCGCAUCACAUUCGCCGGAGUGCAUGACUCGUACUGGACGCAUGCGGCCAGUGUGGAGCGAAUGAAUGAGAUCCUCAGGAAGCAGUUCGUGGCUCUCCACUCCCAACCCCUGCUCGAGAACUUGUUGGAGGAGUUCAGGGAGAAGUACCCGCACCUGGACUUCCCCAAUGUGCCACGCCGGGGCCAAUUCGAUCUCAACAAUGUGUUGCAGGCGCCCUACUUCUUUGACUAG